AUGUCUAUGGUAGCUGACCAUGUGAAAGGGUGUGCUUUGUGGACUAGAACCUCUUAUAGGCCUUCCACAUGCCUGGAUGAUACAGUGGUAGAUCAGAUAGAAGGAACUAUUGAUCAACCCUUCAGUUCAGCAAUUUGCCCACAAUUUGCAUGUGAAAUUCCAUGGACUCUGGCACAGCUACUAGACUGGGGCUACAUCAAAACAUCCCCAACUAGAUACAAUUGUGUGUACCCUCGUGGUGGGGGCAAUCUUUUUCUCAUGGAGACAGAAGCCGUGUUUCCCAGUCAGAGUGAUCUCAGGCCACAUGGCCAAGUGAAUGCCGAUAAAAAGCUUGGCGCUAUCGGCGAAAUAAUGGAACAAGCGUUGCGGCUGCGGACGCUGCUGCGGGAAUUGAUGUAUGAGCCUCGAAGAUACAUCCGUUAUGGGAGGGGUGCCGCCACCCGAUCAGACACAAUGUAUGAUGCUGUCGAGUUUCUCCCUCGCUUUCCUGAGGGAAUGAUGGAUGGGAUAAUGGAUAUCAUUGUCCACCUGGGACUGGGACUCAAGCCUGAAACCAAGAAUCUAUCACUACCCGUAGCCUCGCUGUCAACAGGGUCGGUGUUUACCUUCUUCGAUGUUUCCUCGCAGAUCAUCGUUCGACUGCGCUUAUGUGCACGUACUACGUACACUCCGUGCUUCCGGCAGCCUUCGUAUUUCGGUCCUGUAUGGCCAUUUGACCAGAUAACCCCGGUGACACUCUAA